GGUGGCUUUAGAGCGUUGGUGCAGUGCCCUCUGUGCAUUUGCCAGCUAUCCGCUUGCCGUCACACAAGGAAUGCAACUUUUUUUCUGAAACCUGCAGAUCCACUGCCCCACACCCAGCUGCCUAUCGUACGCGGGCUGCAGCACACCAGCCGGCUGGCGGGCGGUCCCUGACUGCAACAAUAUAUUAUACGCCAUCCGACCUUCACCAAGCCCUUCAAGCUUUCUCCUUCUUUGACGUUGUCAUCCUCUUCUGGUUGUUCUUCUGUACGGCCAGCCAUCCGCCCUCGCCUUUUCUCCUCGCUGUCCUCCUUGUUUCUUCCUCUCUCCUCGCCCGACCGACCACGUUUACCUCGCUCCCGUCCUCUUCGCCCUAUCACUUCCUCUCUCCUCCCUCCCCUUCGCUACCACGUCAUGCAGCUCUUCGCUCUGCUCCCGCUCGCCCUCGUGGUGCUCGCCUCUACCUCCGCGGCCCACGCAGCGGUGCCACAUUCAGCGCGCCAGGUGACGCAUCUGCACGGGAAGCGCCUCUCAGAACUGCCUCCGCUUGCGCCGGCCGUCAUCGAAGAGUUGGCCAAGCGCGAUCCGAAGGACAUCGAGUACUUCCACAAUGAUCUCUCCCUCCUUCGCGCCCUCUCUGGCGCAGAGUCCGACCCGGUUAAGCGCGCUGUCGCUCUCUCUGGCCUCCAGACGCGCUGCACGGCAAGCCACUGCUUCUCCCUAACGUUCGACGAUGGCCCGUACACCUGGCACCAAGAAAUUGCCAAUGACGUCGCCAACGCUGGUUACCUCGCGUCGUUCAUGGUUAACGGCUUCAACUGGGACUGCAUCUACGAUGCGCCGCAGGUGCAGUCGCUCCGUCGAAGUUUGAACCUCGGCCACCAGAUUGCCUCGCACACGUGGAGCCACCCACACAUGGUCGGUCUCACAUACGCUCAGAUCGAUGAGCAGGUCGAGCUGAUCGAGACAGCGCUGCUCAAGACAGCCGGCGUCGUCCCUGCAUUCAUUCGCCCGCCGUACGGCGAGGUAAACGAUACAAUUGUCCAGUACCUCAACGAGAAGCACGGGCUGAUCGUUGUCAACUGGAACUACGACACGGAAGACGCCAGCGGUGCGACGGUAGACUACUCGCUGAACGUGAUCAAGAACAUCACGGCGCCCACGCACGCCAUCGUGCUGCAGCACGAGACUGUCAACACGACACACUCGGAGCUCGUCCCGCAGGAGCUGCCGAUCAUCGCAAAGAACGGGUACACGAUGAAGAAUGUGCGAACACUUGCGCAGAACUUUGGUGUCAAGCCGUACAAGGUCGUCACCUCCCACGGCUCGCGCGACAGCUCGUGGACGUGCGACGGCACGCCCGUACCCGGCCAAGGCUAAGCGGAGGCUCAUGCACGUUCGCUUUGUGCUGCACAGCGUUCCUCCACUCCCAACUGCGUGAUCACCAUUGCUGCCCAUUCCAACACCAACAAACCAAAUCCCACCGAUUGGGACUUGGGUUUCCAGUGCACCCCUCCCUUUUUCCCGGGGCCGUGUUCGGGCAUUGCAUACAUACCUCCCCCUAUUCGGGCUCUCGCCUCCGCAGCACUGAUUCAGGGACACAAUGCGUGAGAGCGGCUUCACAGGUUCUUUUAAUUGUUUUGCGUAGAUGCCGACCAUCAUCACACGGACGUUUGGGAUGAAAUACGAUUUUCGUCAUUCGCUUGUAAAAGAGAUUGCACUGAUGUGCUGCAUUGACCUAUUUUUUCGCACU